UGUAUAUAAAUAAGGUUAUGUUUGGUUUUUGUUUAUUAAAAUUAAAGCUGAGUUUACACAGUUUACAUACAAAUUGUAGUUCACAAUUUACAAGGGUUCACAAGGGUUUUCUUAUUACUGAAAACUUUAAACAUAAUUUAAAUCGGAAGAAAUGGUUAAAACUAGAGGUAAAGAAGAUAAUCCAGAGGUAGUGGUACCUGUGCCGACUGACACUCCUGCUGGGACCACAGAAGAAUUUUCAGUUGAAAAAAUUUUAGAUAAAAGAACAAGAAAUGGCAAAAUUGAAUAUUUGUUGAAAUGGAAGGGAUAUAAUGAGGAAGACAACACUUGGGAGCCAGAAGAAAACCUUGACUGUCCAGACUUAAUAGCAGCCUAUGAAGCUCAGUUUGAACUGGCAAGCACGGUAGAUGAUCCAGAAAAAUCAAAACGAAAGAAUAUCACUGAAGACAACAGAGCAAGAGGUUUUGAUAGAGGACUUGAACCCCAUAGGAUUGUGGGAGCGACAGAUGCAAGUGGUGAACUUAUGUUCUUAAUGAUGUGGAAAAAUUGCAAGGAAGCUGAUCUAGUUCCAGCCAAUCAAGUGAAUGCCAGAUGUCCAGAAAUCGUCAUUAGUUAUUAUGAAAAUAAGAAGCAAUGGUACAGCAAGAGUGCUGUCAUUGAAUUAGAUUAGAUUAUUAAAAUUAUAAGGAUACCAUACCCAUUUUAUACAAAAACUCAAUAAAAACAAAUAAUUUAGAAA